UUAUAUACACACACCUAAUACAUACAUCAUUACACUCGUAUAGUUAAUAAUUUUAUUCACUACAUAGUUACUUAAUUAACAUAAUUUAUCCAAUCAGCUCUGACGCACAUUGCCGCUCAGUAUUUGAAAUAAAAGUCAAUUAAAUAGACGUAUGUCUGGACAUAAAUCUCAGUGAUAUGUGGGACUGUCUUCAAUAUUAGAUAAUUGUCUUAUCAUUUGUGAUAAGUCGUAUUAUAAAAGUUCUCACGUGCUUUUAAGUUUUAGUACAGCAUUCUUGUCGUAAGCCGCCUGUAGUGUUUACAACUUGUUUAUUAUAAUAUUUAUUCAGAAUGAAGAUCGUGAUUUUUGGAUCCACGGGCAUGACCGGCCUUUGCGCUGUAGAAGCUGCUUUAAAGAAAGGAUAUGAAGUUCGUGCAUUUGUACGUGAUGCUUCCAAGCUUCCUGAAGACCUAAGAUCCAAGGUUGAGGUAGUUUUGGGAGAUGUUCUCGAGUUUGACUCUGUAACAAAUGCUGUUGAUGGAACCGAUGGAGUAGUCAUCGCAUUGGGCACCAGAGGCUGUCUCGACCCAACUUCAGACAUGUCUGAGGGUACCAAGAACAUAGUUGAUGCUAUGAGAGCAAAGAAUGUCAAUAAUGUAUCUGCAUGUAUUUCUGCCUUUUUGUUCUACGAUGAAGACAAAGUUCCGGAGAGGUUCAUACCACUGACAAAAGACCACAGACGGAUGUAUGAGGAGCUAAAAGGUUGCGGUUUGAAUUGGAUUGGAGUAUUUUCACCUCAUAUCUCUGACGACCCAAGUCGCGAUAUCAUCGUCGAGGUGAACCCAGAAAAGUCUCCAGGAAGGGCAAUCUCCAAACACGAUUUAGGAAAGUUCCUCGUCGACUCCCUUACAGAACCCAAGUACUAUAAAGCCGUGAUCGGCCUCUGCAAUGUCCCUAAGUAAUAAUGUUAUGCCGUUUAUCAAUUUCCUUGAAAUAUAAUAUUUACUCAUGACUCUUUUACAAAUUUUAAUAGUAUUUAUACAAAUAUAACUACCGGUUUCGAUUGCUGUGAACGACUCAAAAAUCACAAAACAUGUCUUGAUGUACACAGUGCAGUGUGAUUAAAGUUCUGUUCACGUGCGUUUUAUCAAAAUUAAAACAUGUAGUUUUUUUUUGUUGUUUUUAUUAAAACAUUUGCUUUUAUAGUUUACUAGCUAUUCUUUAUAGUAGCUUAAACUAUUAUGUACAUAUAAAAAAAAGUUUAUUGAUUUAUGUGAAAAUCCCUAUUGAGUGAAAUUUAAAUAAGUUCUUAUAAUCAUAAUUAUUAGUUGUUGCCUUGGGUGUUUGUAAAACUAAUUUUAAUAGGUAAUAGUAGGAUUGGUAAUACAUACCUACCUAUACAACAUAAAUUAUGUCAAAAACACUACAUUAAAUUAAAGUUUUGUCAAUCUUUGAAACUGCGUGUAAUAUUUUGUUCUAAUGUAAUAUGAUUAUUUAACCUUAACAUAAUUAAUUUAAAUGUUAUUUGUGUUAUUACACGUCUGCAUUCUUGUACACAAUACACUUUCUGUCUGGUUUGCAAAUUCGUAUCAAAAAACAGUGUUUGUCGUGUCGCUCGGUCGCGCGACAAGUCGUGAAUAUAGUGGGGUGUCGUAAUAAUAACAAGCGAGCUAAUGGUAUUUAAUUGUAGAUAUAUUUUGAUAUACACUACUGCGUAGUUAAUACCUCGGAUAUUUUUCAAGUGGUAAUUUUGGACAAAAUUUUCAUAGUUUUUAGACUUCUAGAGUCUUGACAAAAACGGAAAUUGCUUUUUGUGGUUUUGUGAAUAAACGUUUUUUUUUAGCACAAUAGCUGUCCGAGUAUGGCCCCUGUGUUUCAAUGGCUUGUUUUUUCAAAGAGAUACUGUGUUAUUAUAAAUUAAUAGUUAACAUUUUUAAAAUAUUUAAAGGAUCGUAUUAAAUUGCGAAUACUGGAUGGUUGCGUUUUGCAUUUUAAUGUUAGUGUGAGAAAUAUAUUAUUAUUUUAUGAUA